ACAGGACGCAGUCGGGGGCGGUGGGAGGGCGUGUGUGGCCCCACGGCUUCUGCUGCCAGCCAGCGACGUGCCGCCAGCGUCUGUCUACCCGCGGACCAGGGUUUUGGCGAUGGAGGGGCAGGGAGAGAGUGUGUCGAGGCGGGAGGAUCAAGGGGGGGUUGGUUGGAAACAAUCAAGAUAUAUAAGUCGUGCUUCCUCUGCUGCUUGGACUGGAUUUAGAUCUUCUCUCCCCAUCGCACCAUCAAGCGUACUCACAGUCGUUCCUUUUCCAGUUCCUUCACCCUAGUCAUUCCUUCGCCUUCCGGCUUCUGUUGAUUCCAACUCUCUUUCUCGUAAGAGCCAGUACUCUCAUUCUCACAGGCCAGACCUUUACUUCUCUCCAGCCCCAGAUACAGAUCCCUUUUCUUCAGGCCUUUCCUGCCAGCAAAAAAACAACAAACACUCUCAACCGCCAAGAUGAAGUACACCGUCCUCGCCACCGCCCUCGCCAUGGCCCACCAGGCCUCGGCCCACUACUUCUUCAACAAGCUCAUUAUCAACGACGUCGAGACCCGCAACGACGAGUACGUGCUCCUCAACACGCGCCAGGCCAAGUACAACCCGACCAAGUGGGCUGGCCUGCGCGACAACGCCACUCCCGACGGCCCCGAGAUGCGCUGCAACGUGGGCGCGUUCCAGUCGCAGUCCCGGACCAAGAUCGCCGACGUCAAGGCGGGCGACAAGCUCGGCUUCAAGCUGGCCGUGGGCGCCAUGGGCCACCCGGGCCCCAGCUCCGUCUACCUGUCCAAGGCGCCCACGACGGUCGACAAGUACCAGGGCGAUGGCGACUGGUUCAAGGUGUACGAGGACGGCGUGUGCGACAAGUCCAAGGACUUCACGCGCGACGCCUGGUGCUCGUACGACAAGUCCGUCAUCGAGUUCCGCCUGCCCAAGGACGUGCCCAACGGCGACUACCUGGUCCGCGUCGAGCACAUCGGCCUGCACCAGGCCCACUUCGGCCAGGCCGAGUUCUACAUGAGCUGCGCCCAGGUGCGCGUCACGGGCGGCGGCAACGGCCAGCCGGGCCCCAUGAUCAAGUUCCCGGGCGGCUACAAGAAGGACGACCCGUCCUUCAACUUCAGCAUCUACAACGGCUUCAAGCCCUACCCCAUGCCCGGCCCGGCCGUCUGGACCGGCGGCAACAGCGGCGCCGCCGCCGCCAAUGAGACGGAGCCCGUCCAGCAGCCCGUCCAGAAGCCCACCACCUCGCUGCCCGCCGCCACCAAGCCGACCUCGUCUGCCGCCCCCGUCGCCGGCAUGCCCACCACCACCUCCGCCCCUGUCGCCAGCCUCCCCACCGCCUCCUCCGCCCCUGUCGCCGGCAGCUCGUCCGCCGCCGCUGCCCCCGUCGCGUCCGGCAAGCCCAAGUGCAACAAGAAGGCCCGCCGCCACGCCAAGGAGCUCCGCAUGGCUGAGCAGUCUCAGUAAAGAGCGUGCGACCAUCGCAUCCAUCCCCCGACAUCCCUCCAAACCAAAAAACAACCGGGGUGGUGCGAGCGCCACCCUCGAAAGGCAGGCAAAGGCCAAGCGCUCCCCCUUUCUGUGCGCCGCCAUCACCACUCGGUGAUGGACGGUGCAAAAAAAACAUCUGAAUCUCGACGCCUCUGUCUGAUGACGGCGCGUAUUCUUUUCAAACCUGUAAAUAUUUCCGGAACUGGAACGCAUGGUGUGUUUUCAUCUUUGUGCCCCUUUUGUACCUACCUCUCUAUGAUAGCGCUUCCAAUGGGAUCUACUAUCGUCUACUCUUGGA